GUGAAAUAGCGUGUAGAGUAGCUAGCAGCUUCAAAGCUGUUUGACAGUCAGGUGGUCGGCUUCAUCUUUCCUCUCUUGGUGGCCUCGUCAGUGGGUGAGCAGCCAUGGUGCUGUUUCACUUCCCUCUCUCUUUCCUCCUACUCUUCUCUCUGUACCCUCUGUCACCGGCCUCCCCCCAUGGAGUUGACCUCCCCCACACCCCCCUGCCGGCUGUGGCUGCAGCAGCAGGUCCGAUCCUGCGGGAGCGGCCCUUCGUUGUGGUGUGGAACAUGCCCACAGCUCAGUGCCACACACGCCACAACAUCCACCUGGACUUGAGCGCCUUCGAUAUCGUGGAGAACCGAGAGCAACGCUUCCUGGGACAGAAAAUGACAAUCUUCUACCGUGACCGCCUGGGGAAAUAUCCAUACCUCUCCCGAGGCGGCGAGAACGUUAACGGAGGGAUCCCUCAGCUCAGCGACCUCUCGGCUCACCUUUCCCUGGCGCGGUCACAGAUAUCCGCCUAUCUGCAGUCGAAUUUCGAUGGUUUAGCUGUUAUCGACUGGGAAGAGUGGCGGCCAUUGUGGGAGAGAAACUUUGGAACCAAGAUGGAGUAUCGGAGGCAGUCCAAGCUGCUGGUGAGACAGGAGAGACCGGAUUUGUCAGAGAGGGCCACGACAUUGUUGGCAAAGAAGACGUUUGAGGAGAACGCUCAGAAGUUCAUGGAGGGGACGCUUCGAAUGGCGGUCACAGAUCGCCCUAAAGGACUCUGGGGGUUUUAUGGUUUCCCUGCCUGCUUUAAUAAUCAAAAGCAAAAGACAGAUAAAAGCUACACAGGACGCUGCCAUGCAGGAACCGAAGAGCAAAAUGACCAUCUGUCCUGGCUCUGGCAUCAGUCCACCGCACUGUAUCCGAGCAUCUACCUGCCACCAGGGCUGGCAGGAUCCACCGACGCAGCUCUGAUGGUCAGACACAGACUGCUGGAGGCUUUGAGGGUAGCGUCAGUUUGGCACCAUGGCAACAAUACCAACCAAGCCACACCGGUCCUUCCCUACGCCAGGCUGGCAUUCACACACACUCUCACUUUUCUGAAUAAGACGGACCUGGUGCACACACUGGGGGAGAGUGCGGCGCUGGGAGCUGCUGGAGUGGUGCUGUGGGGGGAGAUGAAGUUUGCCCAAUCCAAGAAUCAGUGCAUCCUUCUCAAGGACUACGUACACACUGUGUUGGGUCCUUUUGUCCAGUCCUUGAGGUCGGACAGUAAGCACUGCAGCCUCAAACUUUGCAAUGGCAACGGACGCUGCACCAGGCGACGUCCCAGCUCUGAUCACAUGAUCUCCUCAGGUCUUGCUUUGACCUUUAAUCCCAAUGAAAUCAACCUCCCCUCUGACUCCUCGCAUAGCAAAGCAUUUAACAACCACUUCCUGUGUCAGUGCUACCCGGGCUGGACCGGGCAGGAGUGUCAAGAGAAGAAGAAUGAAAACAGAGAUAAUAGAAAGUCUCUUAUCAAAGGGACAUUAGCCAUUUGGAAUAAUAAGUGAAUUGUGUUUAUUUUUUCAUAAAACAUAUAUAAUAUAAAAUAUGACAACAUCCGAUUUGAACUAUUUUCCCCUGCAAGAGCAAAUCAUUUUGAGUUUACGUUUUUUACAUUAUCUCUCAUGACAUUUUGCAUGAUUUCUAACUUUUCUUUUCUCUUAACCUUUCGUUACUUGAAGCAUUUUCGUAGUUGAACUGAUAAUGUUGAUUUAACUGCAGUGUUUUUGCUGCAGGAAACCUAACAGUAAUGGCUUGUCUGAGAUAUGUUAUACCUUGAGGGGUGGUUGGAGUCAUUGAGCUUUAAUAAAUGAUCCAUUGUUUUAAUAAAAAGAAAAGCAAACUAAUAAUGUUUGUUUUUUUGCAUUU